CGUCUCGUCCUUGAGAAAAAGGAAAAAAAAAACGAUUAUUAUCAUCUCUUCUCUUGUGCUCUUUUGUCCUCCGAGAAGGUGCGUGUGGGUUUGGAACAUGGCGGAAUCUGUUUUGGCGGAGGUUAGCGUUCGUCCUCUUAAGAUACGGAAGUAUCACGGAGCUUUCGAAGGAUCAUCGAAAUCAAUUAACAAAAAGAGGGAUCUCAAGUGCAGAAAAUUGGAAGACGAUGAAUAUGUGCGACAGUACUUGAAGUUUUACUACCAGUUCCAGAAAUCCGAGGGUUUCGCGGUUGAUUGGGAUCAGUUUGAUUACGCCUUCUACAUUAAAUCGUUGGAUAAUCCACCACGAGGUUUUUGCAAUACACGAAGCCCUGACGAGAUUGUCCGUGAGGCGACACUCUUUGCCAUAGCCAGACAAAACGAAGCUAAGGGAACAAAACUUGUGUUAGCGGAGCACAUUCAAGCGAACUAUCAGUUUGUUAAUGGUCUUUUGUGUUGGUUGACAUUCUGGGCUGUGGAUAUGAGUUCUUCAUCCACCCCUGAGUCCAAAAUCUAUCAAGCUAAACUGUGGCAACGCGGGAGACAGCAUAAACUUCUCCUUUUCAGGCUCAAGCCGACAGAGGAAGAGAUUGCUUCUGUUGAAGUGGAGCCUCCUCCUCCCAUGCUAUGUGAAGACUCUGACAAAGACGCUGUUGUGUUUGCCCGAGCUGGUCCUGAAGAUGAUCCUGGACUCCCCUUUGUUUUCCAUCGAACUGGAGCCUGAUCCUGGAGUCCCCUUUGGCUAAGAGGAAAAAAGUGUGGAUGUAUCUCGUUUUGUGACGAGCAAGUGAUUUCUACUUGUAAAUCAAAUGAGAUAGCAGAUAUAUAAAUCCAACACUACAGCUUCUUCUACACAGACAUUUUCGUCUGACCUCCACAACCUUACAAUAAGAAUUUGGUAAUCAUGUACAACCACAAUAGCAGCCUAUUUGAGGAAAUCAAUAAUAAUAAGGAAAGCGAAUUUCUAUUUAUUAA